UCAUCACAGGGAGACGCGGCGCUGGCUGGUGACCGGGUCACGUUGCAGGACGGUAGUCUCAACAGUGACGGGUUUUCAGUGUGGCCUGCGGGGCCUGGCCUGUUUCCCACCUGCUCGGUGAAGUUCCGUACAGCCUGUCUGCGGGUUCCUCCAACGCUAAGGUGGCGGCCGCAAGGGUGCUGGCCCGCCGACGUGGAGUGGAAGGACUUAUACAAGGGCCAGUGACUGUCUUCACGUGCCACCAGGGCUCUAAGGAAAAAUGAUGACUGUGGGCAGCCUGCUUGGCCUGCUGAAGCACAGUGCUGUGAGGACAGCCUUCCCUGUGCCCUGCUACCUGCACAGGUCCUCCUGGAGAGCUGACAGCAACAGGGCCUCGCUCACUCGACUGCGCCGUCAGGCCUAUGCACGCCUCUACCCUGUGCUGUUGGUCAAGCAGGAUGGCUCCACUAUCCAUGUCAGAUACCGGGAGCCACGUCGAAUGCUACUGAUGCCCCUAGAUGUGGAUGCCCUGUCUCCAGAGGACCGCCGGGCCAUGUUACGAAAACGUGAGAUUCAGCUCCAACAGAAGAAGGAGGAAGAGCCAGAGAUGAUUGAUAGUGAUUUUGAUACUGAACAUUACAAACAGUUUUGGAUCAAGACCAAGAAGUAACUGGCUUGUGGCUGCCAUAGGGACAUUUUGUAAGGACAAAAGGGUAUAUGUCUGUAAACCGCACAUUCGUGAAGCCAUG